AUGAUACAGGAAUAUCUUUCUCAAAAAGAUUUCACCGAAAUUUUACAAAAUGCUACACUACCAGAAGUCCUACUGGCAGCAUAUACGCAAGAGCUGUUUAAUGCCCUCUGUCGUUCAGAGCUGGCCACUGUUUCAUUGAGAAGUCUCCCGUAUGAAGUCGGCUUUAAACAAAAUUUCAAUCUAAUUCUAAACCAUGAUGCAAGCCUUAUUAAAACAACUGUUCGCCAUUUGCUAGUAUAUUGUUCUUUGAUCAAAGCCAUAAAACUCUGUCUAAUCUUUAUUAAUAAAGACUAG